AUGUCUAUCGUCUCAUGCACCAUCCUCGUUGUUGGUGCGACAGGCCAACAAGGGGGUUCAGUGCUCGCCGAGCUUUCUCAGCAGCUCUCGACCACACCCGAGGCCAAGGUCAAGGUCUUCGCGCUAACUCGGACAGCUUCCUCGCCCAAAGCACAGGCUCUACCAUCCAAGUACCCUUCCCUAGACCUAAGCGUUGUAGAGGGUGACGUCCAACAUCCAGAGCCCAUAUUCAAGGCGCACUCGGACAUCGAUACAGUGUUUAGCUACACGACGCCGCCAGACGAGGAACCACAAGCUACGCACCUCAUCGAUGCAGCGUGUGCGCACGCCACACCUGAGAAACCGACGCACUUCGUCUUUUCGAGCGUAGAUCGUGGCGGCGAACCGAAGUCGUGGGAUACCCCUACUGAUGUCCCACAUUUUGCGCAGAAACACAAUGUUGAGCUGCAUCUGCGCACCGUCGCAGAGGGCUCGGAUGGUAGAUUAACUUACACGAUACUAAGGCCUGUCGCUUUCAUGGAUAAUUCAGCCACCAUUCUAACCACCCCCCCCUCAGUGAACCCAGGCGGUACAUUCGGCAUGGUAUUCGCCAGCCUCUGGAGCACCAUGUCUGCGUCGCGCAAGCUGCAACUCGUCAGCGUACGAGAUAUCGGACUCUUCGCCUGCAAAGCCCUCCUCCAUCGCGCCGACCCAAAUUUUCGCAACCGCGCCGUCGGGCUCGCAGGUGACGAGUUGACGCUCGAAGAGGUGCGCUCCAUAUACGCGCGAGUAGCCGGGGGUGCCUCGCUCCCGCAGGCGUGGACUCUGGUUGGGUGGGCGGUGCGCGGGCUGGUGGCGCGCAAUGUGGGGUCUAUGUUUCGCUGGUUCGAGGCGGAAGGGUAUGGCGUUGAUAUAGACGCGUUGAGGGCUGAGGAACCCAGGGUGCAGAAUUUGGAAGCGUGGUUGAGGGAGAGUAGUAAGUUUGAGUUUGCAAGCGAGGAGGGGACGGAUGUAUGA